AGUUGACUGGAUCUCCCUUCCUUCCACUAAAUAUUUAUCUUCAACUUCAACUUGCCAAUUUUAUGCCUUUAUCAAAGUAGCUAUCGAUGCCAGAAACAUUGUACGAUAUCCUAGGACUCUCCACCAAUGCAACACCGGAAGAAGUUCGCAGGGCAUACAAGCAGAAGGCACUGGAAACUCACCCAGAUAAGCUUGAUCCUGGCUCGUCUGAAGAGGAAAAACAGGCAGCCAAAGCCCGAUUCUAUAAGGUUCAAGAAGCUCUAGAGGUCCUCAGUGAUCCACUCAAACGAACGCACUAUAAUGUCCGUACGAGAAUCGUAUCUCGCGGAUUUCAGCCAGUUCUAUCAGAAGAACAUGCUCGUCGGUUGCGGGAGCGUGAUGCGUGGGUCAGGCAGCAGAAAGAGGUUCAUGAAAUGCGACUGAAGGAAAUCCGGGAACGGAAUCAACAGCUCAAGGAACAGGCGGAAUCGCGCUUACGGGAGGCAGAGGAGAGAGGCGCCCUAGUGCAGAAGAUGCUGGAAGAGAUGGAUAAUAUUCAUCCUGAAUGGCGUAUAAGGAAGCAGAAUGUCCUCAUGCGGCGAGCAGCACGUCUCAGCUCUGUGUCCGCAGCCAAACGUGCAACCUAAUAUUUCCAAUAUAUAUUACUUCUGGACCUGUGAUAUUGGGAUUUCUGUAUUUACUGGAUGAUUCUGCUGUAUAUUUGGCUGACAAUGAUGAUAGUACAUGGACAACACGAGAUAUACCUCAUUCUAUCCCCAGUGCGCCUAGUCUGUUCUUCGCGAUGAGACCAAUAUCU